GCACGCGCAGUUCCAUAUCUGAACUCAAGCGCAGGCAGGAUUGAUAUAGCCAGCUAGCCAGCUAAUGUUACCCAAGUUAACACUAUAAUAUUUAAUGUUUACAUCUGAUCUUGCACUGUAACUAUAUUCGGAACUUUGCUGGCGGCCUUGAUAUUACAAUGGCAGCUAGAUAUGACAGAGCUAUCACUGUGUUUUCCCCGGAUGGUCAUCUCUUCCAGGUGGAAUAUGCUCAAGAAGCCGUGAAGAAAGGCUCAACUGCUGUCGGCAUUCGAGGAAAGGAUAUCGUCGUCCUCGGUGUUGAGAAGAAGUCUGUGGCCAAACUGCAGGAGGAGAGGACCGUGCGCAAGAUCUGCGCGCUUGACGAGCAUGUUUGCAUGGCCUUUGCAGGUUUGACGGCAGAUGCUCGUAUCGUGAUCAACAGGGCCAGGGUGGAGUGCCAGAGCCAUAGGCUGACUGUGGAGGAUCCGGUCACUGUGGAGUAUAUCACACGCUACAUCGCAACCCUCAAACAGCGCUAUACCCAGAGCAAUGGCCGUAGACCGUUUGGCAUCUCCGCUCUGAUCGUCGGCUUCGACUAUGAUGGCACUCCCAGGCUCUACCAGACCGAUCCCUCCGGGACAUACCAUGCAUGGAAGGCCAACGCGAUUGGUCGCAGUGCAAAGACAGUGAGGGAAUUCCUGGAGAAGCAUUACACAGAGGAAGCCAUCACCGGGGACAACGAUGCCAUCAAGCUCGCCAUCAAAGCAUUACUGGAGGUUGUGCAGUCUGGUGGGAAGAACAUUGAGCUGGCUGUCAUCAGAAGGAAUCAGCCACUGAAGCUCUUGGAGUCGAAGGAAAUCGAAACACUCGUGGCAGAAAUCGAGAAAGAAAAAGAGGAGGAGGCAGAGAAGAAGAAACAGAAAAAAGCAACGUAACGUGAAGGAAUGAGGAAAAGGAUGGCGCAUAAAUUCAGCCCAUGUUUCCAAUAGUUUACUGAACUAGUAUUGUUACAUUACACUUCAUAAAAUGCAAAGAAAUACCUCCAUUAUCUUGUCAUGCUGCAUAUUUCUUUUCCAUGGAACAUCUGUACAACUUGAACUGAAUAAUGUUGAGCUUUAAAAGGAAUGCAGUUUUUAUGUUGAAUGCCAUAAUAAAUCCACUGGUUUAUAGAAUGUUUGUACAGUUGAUGCUUAUGUGUUUUCAGCAAUGGUCAUUUUGCAUUCAGGCAACUGAAGUAUCAGUCAGACUUGCCUAAUUUCUAAACAAGAACCUGAUGAAACCCUC